CCCCAACGCAGUGCUCCUUGUUCACACUCACGCAACUUUGUACAGCAAGAGCAUGAUGGUAUGUGCACCCAUACGCACACAGAAACCCUCCUGGGAUACACAGCAAAGAAAGAAGCCUAUGGAUGUGGCACUCCUGAGGUCGAGCCCAUCUCUGGUAAAGUGGUGAACGGAGAAGAUGCCAAGCCUCACACCUGGCCCUGGCAGAUCUCACUGCAGUUUAAACAUGGGACUCGCUGGUACCACACAUGUGGGGGUACUCUCAUCACCCCACGCUGGGUCCUCACUGCUGGUCAAUGCAUCUUCCCAGGCGACGUGUAUCGUAUUGUGCUGGGAGAGCAUGACCUGAGUGUGCAGGAGGGCACGGAGCAGAUCAGAGACGUCCUCCGCAUCGUCGUCCAUCCCAAAUGGAACAUUGAAUGCGUAGCCUGUGGCAAUGACAUAGCUUUGUUGAAGCUGGACAAAGCUCCUGUUCUGAACGGCAGUGUCCAGAUGGCUUGCAUCCCCCCUGCGGGGGAGAUCCUACCCCACGCCACCCCCUGCUAUGUCUCCGGCUGGGGCAACCUCUAUACUCAUGGCCCAAUGCCUGAUAAGCUGCAGCAAGCCCUGCUGCCAGUGGUGGAGCAGAGUGUGUGUAGCCAGAGUGACUGGUGGGGUGUGACGGUGAAACCCACCAUGGUGUGUGCUGGAGGAGACAUUCGCUCCAGCUGUAACGGAGACUCUGGAGGUCCUCUGAACUGUAAGGGGUCUGAUGGGAGGUGGUAUCUCCAGGGCAUCACCAGCUUUGUGUCCUCACGCACCUGUAACGAGCUGAAGAAGCCCACAGUGUUCACCCGCGUCUCCGCCUUCAACGACUGGCUAGAGGAGGUCAUGCUGAAGUACUGAGACAUUUCAGAGGAGCCUGGCCUGCAGACGAAACUCCUUCACCAUGUUUUGAAACCUCACAAUAAAGCCA